AUGCCGAUGCCGAUGCCGAUGCCGAUGCUGAUGCCGAUGCCGACGCUGGUCGUCGCAACGAUUGAGAUACUACAAAGACUCCAGUUCCAGAUUCAAGACUGUGACGUGGCCAAGGCUAUAACGGAGUUUGUAGCACAAGUGGCAAUAGAGAAAUUGGUGCUUGGCGCUCCGGCGAAGAGUGGAUUUAUGAGAAGAUUCAAAAGUCCCGAUUUGUCAACCCACAUCACCAAGGGCGCACCUGACUUUUGCACGGUGGUCAUUAUAUCGAAGGGGAAAGUGUUAGGCAUGCGGAACGCGGUUCGGUCGGCUCCGACCACCUCUCCCUUGCGGGCUCAAAUUCAAAACUCGAUGAGCCUGAAGCCCCCUCUCAAUGUCGAUAGCAUGACCCCUCGCCGGAGUUUGCUAACUCCCAAAGCACAAAGUGAGCCCGGGAAAGAGAGUUACAAUUUGCGUCACAACGAUUCGAUACGGUCACCGUUCACAAGAGGGUUGCGAGGAUACACGGCGAAGUCGUACGCCGAGAUUUCGACGUCGUCGGACACCGACAUAUCCUUCGUGAGCUCCGGCGGGCGGGUGAGCUUCGAACAGGCCUUGCCUCCGAGGUUAUCAAAUGGAUCCGACGGCCUAGAUCGCAGCUUCGAGUCGGUCCCGACGCCGCUCAAGUCGGUGGAUUACUCCACCGGAAAUGAGUUCUCCUACGCCUCGCAGGCCAGCACCGCAACCUCAUCGUCGUCGCAAAUGGAAGAAGUGGAAGAAGAGAUGAAGAGAUUAAGGCUGGAGCUGAAGCAUACAAUGGAUAUGUACAACAACGCCUGCAAGGAAGCAAACACGGCCAAUCAAAAGGCGAGGGAGCUGCAGAAGUGGAAGAUAGAGGAGGAGAAGAAGGUUCACGAAGUCAAUGUGGCAGAGGAAGCGGCCGAGAGGGAGAAAACGAGGUACAAAGCCAUGGAGGAGGCGGGGCAGGCGGAGAACCGCAUCGCGGAGCUGGAAGCGAGGAAGAGAGUGACUGCAGAGAUGAAAGCGAUCAAGGAGUCGUCGGAGAGGGACUCGAUCGGACCGAUGCGCCAUGAUUUGCGGUAUCGGAAGUACACGAUCAAUGAGAUCGAGGUGGCGACGGAGUACUUCACCGACCGGCGCAAGAUCGGGGAGGGCGGCUACGGGCCUGUGUACAAGUGUCACCUGGACCACACGGCAGUGGCGGUGAAAGUUCUCCGGCCGGACGCGGCCCAGGGGCGGUCGCAGUUCCACCAGGAGAUCGAAGUGCUGAGCUGCAUCCGCCACCCGCACAUGGUGCUGCUGCUGGGCGCCUGUCCGGAGUACGGCUGCAUCGUGUACGAGUACAUGGCCAACGGCAGCCUCGAGGACCGCCUCUUCCGGCGCGGCAACACGCCGGCGAUCCCCUGGCAGUACCGCUUCCGCAUAGCCGCUGAGAUCGCCACCGCGCUACUUUUCCUCCACCGCAUGAAGCCCGAGCCGCUCGUUCACAGGGAUCUCAAGCCGGCCAACAUCCUUCUCGACCGGAACUACGUCAGCAAGAUCGGCGACGUCGGGCUCGCCCGUCUCGUGCCGCCCUCCGUCGCCGACAGCGUGACGCAGUACCGCGUCACCUCCACCGCCGGCACCUUCUGCUACAUCGACCCGGAGUACCAGCAGACGGGGAUGCUCGGAGUGAAGUCCGACAUCUACUCCCUCGGCGUCAUGCUGCUGCAGAUCAUCACCGCCAAGCCGCCGAUGGGGCUCACCCACCACGUCAGCCGCGCGAUCGAGCGCGGGGAGCUCGAAUCCAUGCUCGACCCGGAGGUGGCCGAUUGGCCCGUCCACGAGGCGCAGCGCUACGCCGAGAUAGCACUCAAGUGCACGGAGCUCAGGCGGAAGGACCGGCCGGAUCUGGAGAAGGUAGUUCUGCCGGAAUUGAACCGGCUGAGGGCGCUAGGAGAUUGCAACUUCGUCUUCUUCCCCAUCAGGACUCCGAUGGAUGGCUCUCCUGGCUGUCAAAUUUCUCAUCAGGAUGCGAUGAGUGAUCCGCUGAUGGGCCAAGAAAGACACGGUUUUAACGGGUACGCGAACAUGUCAUCGUAAGAUGGUAAGAACUGCUGAGUCUGGUCCUAUAACAAGAGUCCCUAUGGCAACUAUUAGUGUACUUCAUCCAGCAUGGGUUUCUAUGCGGGAGAUGAACGUAGUCGCCAAACAUAUAAUAUUCUUUAACGAAAUUGUGUGUAUCAGUUCAUUGACUAA